AAGGUGAUGAUAGUCCUUGCAUUUUUGUCGCGUCGUUUCCUACUGCAGCGCGAGAUGGGAUCCAAGACCACAACACCGCCAGACUGUAAUCAGGUUUGACGGACAACGGGACCGCUCGGCCAAGUGCCACUCAUAUUUUGACGCGGGCGACGAGCUGGUUUACGUUCAUUUCUUGUAGAAAAUUUGAACGAAAUCAAAUAGGGCCGCAAAUUCUUCCUGAGAGUACGUACGAUCCUUUACAGUUAAAAACUUGAAAAGCAAAAUGCCAAAUCAUUUGCAAUUACGAAGCAAUGCUUUCAUUUGCUUUGCAAAGGAGUUGGCAUUUUGCUUUGCAAGGUUUUUUACUCGUUCUUUACCACCUACCUUCACCUUCUCGGUGGUGGAAGAACGAGUAUUGUUCUCAGUGCGGUGUAACACCAAACAUGAUCCCUGAUUCAUCUCAGAACACAGAAUACCUACAAACAUAACACUUAUACCAUUUGAAACUGGGAAUGCUGGUGUUUCUUCAAAGUAUGAACUAUUUUUUGAGUUUAACAUGAUAUUUUUGAGAACACUUGACAAAUCUCGCCGAUUUUCGUGCCAAGUCCGUAAUCCGCCGUAUGAAUAGACAUUUUAAUCUCAAAAGACACAACAGCUACAAACAUAAAAGAUAGUUUAUAUAAAACCCGCGAUAAUAAUAAAAAUCUUUCAUUACAGCAUAAUUAUAACUUUCUUAAUUAAUUUUAGAGAACUCUUAACAAAAUUCGGUGAAAUUUUUUUUAAGUAUCUUGCCCGACCGCGCUAAACAGAUAGGUUAAGGUAAGUGAGAUUCAUAUUCAGAUACGUAUCUGUUCGUUUCAAAAACUGACCGUUACAGCGCCACUGUGACUAAGGAAGGCGCAUAUCUUUAAAAGAGUGCAGUGUGCAGUGCUUCCUCAAAACAUACUAGGUGGAGACAUCUCUAAAGACUGAGCCAGCUCCAACUCUCUUUUAAUUUGCGCAAUCACUUAAGUUUUGAAUUAAUUGUGAUAACUUUUGAAUUUGUUUUAGUCCUUACUGGACAAAAGUUUAUCUAAGCCAGCUUGAAAAAUGAAUGCAAUUUUGACUGGCGCAUCCUUGUUGCAAAAUUUCAAAGUCAACAGUCAAUAGUCAAUCAUUCGAAUCGACUUCAAAAUUUGUGCUAUGGCGCCACUUGUUGCCAGCCCCAUACCAAUAACAGUGCUAACCUCACGGAUAACCACGCGAAAGAUUAUGUGCGUUUAAAAAGGAUAGCUUUGCAGCCAAACAGCAUUUUAAAACAUUUAAAAAGGUUUCUCAAUUUCUGUCUGGAUUAUAAAUAGAUGAAAACUUCUUCUUGAAAGUGUUUUUAUUUUUGUCAUGUUGGAUCCCCAUAAUCCAUCCCUUCAUCUCCAUCACGGAUCCCGGGACGGACGGACGUCGUUACCUUGGCUGAGCAAGAUAGAGAUAGAGAUAUAUUCUAGAGAUAUUCUUUAGAGAUAGAGAUAUAUUUAGAGAUAGGCUCAGCCAAUAAAAAAUCAUUCUCAAUUUCAAAUGGUACUAGGUGUGGUGUUUGAAGAUAUUCUGUAUUCUGAGAUGAAUAUGUAAUCAUGUUUGGUGUUACAAUGAGAACAAUACAACAAGAAGAAAGUAACUUUAGGUGCACUGUAAAGAACGAGUGAACUCUCUACCACAAAAGUAAUUUUGUGCUUUCUUCUCCCUUGUUUUUAACUGUAUGGACCCCUAUUGCUGCCUUUGCUGACCCCCAUUGAUUUUGUUUAAAUAUUUUAUUUCGACUAUAUACUGCGUCAUCCACCAAAGCGCGACCGACAUGGACUUCUGCUUGACCCGCUCCAGAACACCACGGGUCACAUGUGGCCUCACGGCUAGUCAAGUCAAGCAGAGCUCCCGACGACGGGCGGGUAGGCAACCAGGUGGAGCGGGCGAGGCGGGCCCGGCGGGCCCCGCCGCCGCCGGCACCCCGGCGCCGCUGCUGCCGCCCACGCCGCCGCCCGUGACCACGCCGCAGCCCCCGGACGAGCGGCCCACCGAGGAGACGGACCUGCGCACCGCGUCGUCAGGCAGCACGCGUGGCCCAGUGUACACGUCGCCGUGGACGCCGACCUGGACGCCCACCCCGUCGCCGUGGACGCCCACACCUUCGCCGUGGACGCCGCGCUAUGAGUUCACCACCGAGAGGACCACCCCGCAGCCCCCGUCCGAGCUCGAGGGCUCGUGCUCGUUCGAGGGCCGCUGGUACCGGGACGGCGAGGACUGGAAGCCGGACGCCUGCACGGCCUGCGUGUGCACGGGCGGGAGGGUGCAGUGCGCGCAGAGCGGCGACUGCAACGCAGGGCCUCACUGCACCGGAGUGGUGUGCGUGGACCUGGACUGCGAGACGGCCAAGUACAUCCCGUUGGGACAGUGCUGUCCGGUGUGCGCCGACGAGGUGACGGCCAAGGCGGUGACCCCCCUGGCUCCGACGUACCCGCCGCCGCCCGUGACGGUGGAGGGUCCCCGGGGCGAACCUGGCUGGCGCGGUGAGCCCGGACGGCCAGGAGACGGCGGCCUCCCCGGUCAACCUGGAACGCCUGGAAUACCCGGAAGUCCUGGGCCUCCCGGACAUGCGCCAGAUCUGACGUCGUACUACCAGGAGCUGGCGGCGCAGGCCGCGGGCAGCGAGAAGGGCCCCACGUCCAACAGCUACCCGGACCCGUUCCGGUACCUGCAGGCCCAGGUCGGGCCGGUGGGGCCGCGCGGGCCGCCGGGGCCACCCGGGCCGGCGGGCCCGCAGGGCUUCCAGGGCAUCCGCGGCGAGGCCGGCGAGGUGGGCGCCGUCGGACCGCAGGGCCAGGCCGGGCCCAGGGGGCUGCCGGGGCUCCCGGGCAAGGACGGUGAGGCUGGCGAGGACGGCGAGGCCGGCCAGGCUGGGCCUGCGGGCCCCGCCGGCCCCCGGGGGCUUCCGGGCAUGCCCGGGCUGUCCGGGGUCAAGGGGCACCGCGGCUUCCCCGGUUUGGACGGCGCCAAGGGCGAGCAGGGCGUGGCCGGGGAGAAGGGCGCCUCGGGUACGGCGGGGCCACUCGGGCCACCGGGACCUACGGGCCCGGGCGGGCCGCGUGGCGAGCGGGGCAGGGAGGGCCCCCCUGGACCGCCUGGCAUCAGAGGCAUCGAUGGGACCGCCGGACCUCCGGGACAGCCGGGUGCCGUCGGCAAGUCGGGGCCGCCGGGCUUCCCAGGCAGCCCUGGCAACAAGGGCGACCAGGGCGCGCAGGGGGUGAAGGGCAGCUCUGGACUCCAGGGCCCGCGGGGUGAGUCUGGGCGCCCUGGACAACCGGGAGACACUGGCCCCCAGGGGCCCUCCGGCAAGGACGGCAGCCCCGGCGACAAGGGAAGCUCCGGGUCCCCCGGCAUCGCGGGGCCGCCUGGCUUCCCUGGAGCGAGAGGCCCCCCCGGCCUCAACGGCAGUCCUGGAGAGCCUGGAGUCAAGGGCCUACCGGGCACGCCUGGAGAGCGCGGCUUCAAGGGCGAGGCCGGCAUGAAGGGGGAGACUGGCGCCCUCGGGCAGCGCGGGCUUCCGGGGGCGGCGGGGCCCGAGGGCAAGCGGGGCAAGCGGGGGAUGCGGGGGCCAACGGGCCCCAGCGGGCCCCCCGGCGAACGGGGCGUGGCGGGGCAGCGGGGGCUUCCGGGUCCGGACGGCGCACCCGGGCCCAAAGGACAGUCUGGUGAUCGCGGCGCCCAGGGACCCCAGGGGCUCAAGGGCGCGUCUGGAGAGCCAGGCCGGCCGGGCACGCCUGGGCUGCAGGGGCUGCGCGGGCCGGCGGGCCGGCCGGGCCCCCCGGGCAAGACGGGCAACCCCGGCGAGAGGGGCAUCCAGGGCGCGGACGGCAAGCCGGGCGAGCAGGGCCCGCAGGGACUCCAGGGGCUGCCCGGGCCCAUGGGCAUGCCGGGAGACAAGGGGCUGACGGGUGAGUCCGGCAAGGACGGCGAGCCAGGGCCACCGGGCCCCACCGGACCUCGCGGAGACGCAGGCAAGGACGGAGCUACAGGUGUCCAGGGUCCCCCAGGACCUCCAGGUGCAGACGGAGAGCGAGGUCCCCCCGGACCAGCAGGGCCAACUGGAUUCCAGGGUCUCCCUGGUCAGCCUGGAAAUCCAGGUUCUCCAGGAAAGGACGGCGAGGCGGGUGUGCAGGGUCCCCCAGGUCCCCCGGGCCAGGCAGGUUCCCGCGGAGAGCGGGGUUUCCACGGAGAGAGGGGCCCCGUCGGCCCUCCAGGGACUCCAGGAGCCAGGGGCGAGGCCGGCGCGCAGGGCGCUGACGGACAGCCUGGCCAGCCCGGAGCCAAGGGCAGCAAGGGGCACCAGGGCCCCAUGGGCUUGGUGGGUCUCCCCGGUGGCAGAGGCUUGCCUGGACUUCCAGGAGACAAAGGAGAGCGGGGAGCGACGGGUCCCAUCGGGCCGGAGGGCCCCGCGGGUCGCGCCGGCGAGCGCGGUCCCCAGGGUAUCCAGGGCGCCCCGGGUCCUCCGGGAGAGCCGGCGGAACGCGGUGAGACCGGCCCGCCGGGGCCCCCCGGAGAGUCCGGCGCGGCGGGCUCCCCCGGUGAGCGGGGCCCGUCCGGGACCCCCGGGCCGCCCGGCUUCCCCGGCGCCCAGGGCCUCAUCGGGCUGCCCGGGUCCAAGGGCGAGCGCGGCAUGAACGGCAUGAAGGGCGAGCAGGGCAACCCCGGGCCGUCCGGCAUCCCCGGCGAGCAGGGCCCCCCGGGCCUGGUGGGGCUGACGGGGGCCAAGGGCGCCCGGGGGGAGACGGGCCCGCGCGGGGAGAGCGGCCUCAUGGGCCCGCCCGGCCGCCCCGGCGAGCAGGGGCUAGCGGGUCACCCGGGCAACCCCGGCGCGCCCGGUGCCGCGGGCGUCCCCGGCAUCAAGGGGACGGCGGGCGACAUGGGCCGACCGGGCAACCCCGGGCCGCAGGGCCUGCAGGGCGCCCCCGGGCUCGAGGGCCCCAAGGGAGACACCGGGUCCGAGGGCCCCCCAGGCCCAGCUGGCCAGGCCGGCCCGCACGGGUCCCCAGGUGAACGUGGUCUGCCGGGACUGCCGGGGCCUACGGGACCUCCGGGAGCACGAGGACUCCGCGGUGCUUCGGGCGAGUCAGGGCCGCCGGGUAAGCCCGGCUCCGAGGGUGCCCCCGGCCCUAUCGGGCUGGGCGGGCCCCCCGGCCCCCCGGGCCCCACCGGCGAACACGGACCGGAGGGACCUCCUGGAAAGAUGGGACCCCCUGGAAUCAGCGGACGGCCCGGAGACAAAGGGCCGAUCGGUCCUGCGGGCGGCCCCGGCAACCCAGGGUCACCAGGACUUCCGGGUCCUCCCGGACAGCAGGGUCCCGCAGGCUCGCCCGGCGAGCGGGGCCUCCGAGGAGAGAUGGGGCCGCCAGGGGCAGAGGGACAGCUGGGACCCCGGGGCAAGCCGGGUCCGCCGGGCCCCGAGGGCGGCAAGGGGGAGCGCGGCGAGCUGGGCCCUAAGGGAGCCAAGGGACACCGAGGGCUCAUCGGUUUGCAGGGACUGCCUGGGACACCCGGGUUGAACGGCGAGAAGGGGAUGGCGGGCCUGCCUGGUAGUCCAGGCAAGGACGGCGAGCCAGGCCAGAGGGGUAGCCCCGGGCGCGACGGCAGCCCCGGGCCUCAGGGCCUGUCCGGGCCACCCGGCCCCAGGGGGCCGCCCGGCGACUCGGGCUCGCACGGCAGCGCUGGAAAUCCAGGACCCCCGGGGCCUCCAGGGCCUCCAGGAGAGACCAUCGGCUACGACGCAGCGGCCCUGGCGGCCAUCAUGGGCCAGUCGCAGAGCAAGGGACCCGACCCGAUGAUGGGCGGGGACGAGCCGCCCAGGAUCUUCGGCAAGGAGCUGUCCGAGGCGGAGCGGCGCGAGCUGCUGCUCAAGGCCUACAACCACGUCAAGGAGUCCCUGGAGAGGUUCCGCCGGCCGGACGGCAAGAAGGACGCGCCCGCCAGGACGUGCCGCGACCUCCACGCCGCGCACCCCGAGCUGCCGUCAGGCGAGUAUUGGAUCGACCCCAACGACGGCGACCCCCGCGACGCCAUCCUGGCCGUCUGCGACAUGGAGAGGCGGGCGACGUGCGUCGUGCCGCAGCCCAGCCGCUCCCCCGAGGUCAACUACCGCGGCGACGACCAGGAGGUCUGGCUGGGCGACCUGGACGACGGCAUCAAGCUGACGUACAAGUCGGACAGCAACCAGCUGGGCUUCCUGCAGCUGCUGACGACCAACGCGCAGCAGAACCUGACGUACCACUGCAAGGGCUCGGUGGCGUACCACGACGAGGCCAAAAACACGUUCCGCAAGGCCAUCAAGUUCCUCGCCUACAACGACGCCGAGAUCACUGCCCGCGGCAACCAGCGCUUCCGCUACGAGGUCCUGGAAGACGGCUGCAAGCACCGCAAGCACGAGUGGUCCAAGACGGUGCUGACCUACCGGACGGACAAGACCAUCCGCCUCCCAGUGCUGGACAUGGCCGUCAAGGACGUGGGCAAGGAGGGCCAGAGCUUCUGGCUGGAGGUCGGGCCGGUGUGCUUCUGGUAGCCUCGGCUGCCGAGGUCGUCUGCUAAUGACUGACUUUGCACAGCAGACGACUCACUGCUCUCCGCUCAGGACAGACUGAGAGAAUAGCUCAUUGUGCCCCAGAAAAGCACAAAGAAGUGACAAUUUUACAUUAGGCUAUAAGACUGUCAUUCUAAAUAAUUAAAUGUUUUAUUGAAGACUUUUUGAAAACUCUCAUACUGUAUUCUCAAACAAUGAUCUGAGUUCGCUUGAUUUUAUUUGAUACUGCCAUUAGAAAUAUUACUAUUGUUAAGUGUAUUUCAUAGGCCAAGAUUGCAUCAUCUAGUAUUCAACAACAAAAAUAUUGAGAUUCUAGUAAUUUUGUACAUGCAAUUAAAACUUUAUGAUAAAAACAA